AUCCACCUGUCAAAUCUGUCAAGUCAAGUGUCAAACUCUCUAGGUGUGGUACGGAUACUCUAAAUAUUAAUAAAAUUCUUUAUAAUGUCGGCUACAUUGAAGCCUUAUUUAACAGCAGUGCGCCACACGCUAACGGCGGCGAUGUGUUUAGAGCAUUUCUCGUCGCAAGUCGUAGAGAGGUACAACAAACCAGAGGUCGAGGUUAGAACUAGCAAAGAGCUACUUCUGAAUCCAGUGAUAAUUUCUCGUAACGCCAAUGAGAAAGUGUUGAUCGAGUCGUCGAUAAACUCUAUAAGAGUUAGCAUAAUGAUCAAGCAAGCUGACGAGAUUGAAAAGAUUCUGUGUAAGAAAUUCAUGCGGUUUAUGAUGAUGAGGGCGGAAAACUUUAUCGUACUGAGGCGGAAACCGGUGGACGGGUACCAUAUCAGUUUCCUAAUAACGAAUUUCCACACCGAGCAGAUGUUUAAGCACAAGCUGGUGGACUUUGUGAUAUACUUCAUGGAGGAGAUCGAUAAAGAAAUUAGUGAAAUGAAACUGGCGGUGAAUGCUCGCGCCAGAAUCUGCUCCGAGGAGUUCCUCAAGAGGUUCUAGUUCCCACCUGUGUACGCUCAGUAUGACUAAUAUGAUGCAUAAGUAAUAAUAUUUAGUGCUAAUGGUGAUUUAGUGUUAUUUUCCCUAUGACUGAUAAUGUGAUCCUUAUUGGUAGGCAAUAAUCGAUACAGUCUCUAAGGAGUCCUAAUUACCUUACAAAUAUAUCCAUGAACAAUUACUCUAUGUCUAGUACCUAAAGCUUUUAUUAUUGCAUCUUGAAGAAUUUGUUUUUAUCUUUUUUUUUUUAAUUUUAAGCAGUAUUAGUAUGUAAAGUUUGAAAAUUAUGAUAGCUUAAUAUACUUAGAACUUUAAAUU